AUGUAUGAUCUUUUAUACAUGUGUGUAUUUUUAUUUUUUGUUGUUACCAUCUGUUAUAAUUUAUCAUUUUAUAUUGGUACUUUAAUAUUCAAAAACACUGAAGACAGAUGGGUAAAUGCUGACGGCCAAUGGAUUAGUGAAGACAACUACUGGGCAAGUCAGGUACUCCAAAAAAAGGAGCAACUACAACAAAUCCAACAACUCCAACAAAUCCAACACCUCCAACAAGAAAAACAACAAGAACAAAUCCAACACCUCCAACAUCUCCAAAAACUCCAACAACUACAUCUUAACCAACAACAAGAACAACUCCAACAUCUCCAACAAAACCAUCAGGACCAACUCCAAAAACUCCAACAUUACCAACAAUUCCAACAACAAAAACAACUCAACCAACUCCAACAACUCCAAAAAAAACUAAAACUUCAAAAACUCCAACAACUCCAACAAAAAGAACAACUCCAACAACUCCUAUCACAACCAAAGCAACCAGAAACACCACAACAGACACAACAACAACAAUCACAACAACUUCAACCAAAACAACAACCAAAACAACAACAACAAUCCCAACAACAACAACAGGGACAAGAGAUACAACAGGGACAACAACCACAAAACCAAAAUGUUCCAGCUCCACAAAUUAGCCAAGAUCCAAAAAAUCCAAAUGACAUUAAUUUACCUUUGGCCUAUUUACGUUUAAAUGAACGUAUAGAACUUUACCAAUUGAUGCCAAAAAAUGAAAUCCCAGGUGAUGGUAAUUGCCAAAUGCAUGCAUUAUCAGACCAGAUCUAUGGUGACUUACUCCAUAGCAAAUUAAUAAGAUUUAGAAUUGUCAGUUGGCUUAGAAGAAAUAAAGGCUAUAAACUUCCAAAUGGAGCCACUCUCUCUGACUUUAUCACUGAAAACAGUUGGGAGGAAUACUGUAAUAACAUGUCUAAAAAUGGCACAUGGGGCGACCAUUUAACAUUAGUCGCAGCAGCUGAACUUUUUAAAAAAAAUAUUUCUAUAAUAUCAUCAGUUGAAUCCCAGGGUAGUUUUUUCAUAGAUAUUACUCCAAAAAGCAAAGAAUACGAAAAUGGAAUUUUAUUAUAUCAUUUUGCAGAAUUCCAUUACGGGUCUUUAUGCCCAUUGGUAGAUUAA